UACCUCAAUCCACUCGCCGACUUUUUUGAUUCUUCGAUUGAUUUUCUUUUCGUCUCCGCCUUCGAUUAGGGUUAAGGACUUGAGGCGAAACUCAUCUUCUCCACAAAAAUCUUCAAUCGAUCAUGGACAUGUUGAAGAAGCGAAGGCUCGACGAGAACGGCAACGGUAUCCUCAACGACGCGCACAUUACCCGAUUGACGCCGCACGACGCGAGGAAGCUCAUCGAGCGAUUCUCCACCGAUCAGCUCCUCGACAUCCUACAAAACGCCGUCGCUCGGCACCCCGACGUCCUCGAGCUCGUCAGAUCAACCGCCGACGCGGACAUCACUCAGAGGAAGCUCUUUAUCCGCGGCCUCGCGGCGGAGACCACGACGGAAGGUCUCCGAUCGCUUUUCUCCACCUACGGAGACCUCGAGAAGGCGAUCGUGAUUCUCGACAAGGUGACGGCGAAGUCGAAGGGGUACGGGUUCGUGACGUUUAGGCACGUCGACGGGGCGCUUCUCGCGUUGAAGGAUCCGUCGAAGAAGAUUGACGGGCGCGUGACGGUGACGCAGCUCGCGGCGGCUGGGAAUCAAGGUGGGGGUGGUACUGCGGCGGCGGCGAAUGGUUCGGAUGUGUCGAUGAGGAAGAUUUAUGUGGCGAAUGUGCCGGUUGAUAUGCCUGCGGAUAGGUUGUUGAAUCUGUUUGUGGCGUAUGGGGAGAUUGAGGAAGGUCCUUUGGGGUUUGAUAAGGUUACUGGGAAGUCUAGAGGGUUUGCUUUGUUUGUGUAUAAGAGUCCUGAAGGUGCUCAGUCGGCGCUUGCUGAUCCUACUAAGGUGAUUGAUGGGAAGCAUUUGCAGUGUAAGUUGGCUAUUGAUGGUAAGAAGGGGAAGCCACCAGGUGGUGGUCCGGGUAAAGAUGUUGCUGCUGGGCCUGGGAAUGGUCAUGGUCAUGGUAAUGGAAUGGGUGUGGCUCCUCCUCCUGGACCUUAUGGGCCAGCUGUUGGUGGACCUGGUGGGAUGGGUGGUUACAAUGGGUACUCAGGAGGACCGCCACCGCAUCAGAUGAAUCACACACCAUCAUCUAUGGGCGGUGGACCAGGUGGAUAUGCAGGUGCGUAUGGAGGUGCAUAUGCUGGUCAUUAUGGUGGAUACGGUGGUCCAGGAUCUGGGGGUUAUGGUCUUGGUACAGGCCCUGGUGCUGGAAGUGGUCCGUAUAGAAUGCCACCGAGUUCGAUGGGUGGUAGUGGUGGUUAUCCUGAGAGCGGGCACUAUGGGCAUUCAUCAGCUUCAGCGUAUCCUGGACAGCAUCAGCCUGUUGGUUCCUCCGCAGCUCCGAGAGUUCCUCCUGGAGGAAUGUACCCCAACGGUCCACCACAUUACUGAAUGGUUUGUUGACAGGGCGAAGAUGCUUUUUGUGCUUAGUGGUGAUUACGUGAUUGCAGCAUCUUUAAAAAAUCUCUGGAUUGAUGAAUGUAUUGCUGCUUUGUCAUCUGUCUCUCUCUCUCUCUGCACUUGAAUUGAAUGUGCCUUGGCCUCUGUAUGCCUAGUUACUUUCUAUGAAUUUGAUUAGACUAGGAUGUCUUCCUGUAUUUUAUUUCUUUCAUAGACAUAGUUGGCAGAUUUGGUUUUGUUUGUCAGAUUAGUCAACUUUUCAAUAAUAUUGGUGUUAUUUGUCUCGCUAUCUAGUUUGCUGUUUGCUCUUUCUUUACUGUUCUGUAACAUUGACAACAAGGCUCUACUUGUCUGUGAUCAAUAAAGUGGCACUAGAAGGUUUUCUUUAUGAA